AGUAGUCUUCCAAAAAUCUCAGUUUCAUGUAUUAUGUAGAACCAGUUAUUUUUAACACAAAAUCUUCCAAUUGUUAAUAGGGCUUAGAGGGCAGACCGCAGGAUACAAAGUACGACCGAAAGAUACAAAAGUAUUUAAAGAUACAAGCAAGCUGAUCUAUUCUGUAACAGAUCAAUAUGCAAUUGUAUUUCAAUCAGUCGAGCUGAGGAAACAAGAUGCUGAGCAACGUAUGCAGAGUGUGCGGAAGGCAGAAGAUCUGCGAGAGGAGUCUGAAUCUGUUUGAUUUGGUCAACCGAAAAUAUCUCAAGCACUUGCACAUGAUAACCGGACUAAGGUUGGUGGCACUGGAUAAUGUUCCUGGUUUUAUGUGCCUCUGCUGCCAGUCGGAACUCAGAUCGGCAUUGGCAUUCCGUAAGCUGUGCAUCAAGACCCAGAAAAAAUGGCUGAGCAUCGAGGAAGACUCCUCGUCGGAUGAAGAAUCGGAUGAAUGUGCUACAGUCAGCAGUUUUAGGGAAACCAAAGAUGACAAAGUGCUGGAAGAAACGUUUCAAGUACUGAUUGAAGAGGAGCCCGAGGAACCAGAGGAGUCGCAAUUUUUAUCGGAUUGUAUUCCGAAUAAAGAAAUAGAUGAGACCGCCGUGCCUCCCCGAAAGAUUCUGAGAACUACGAGGAAACCCAAGACCGACGAUCAGAUUUACAUAUGCAAGCUGUGCGGUACUCAGGCCACCUCAAAAACAGUUUACCAGCGGCACAUGAAGAAACACACGGGCGAUCGACCUUUUGGCUGCCAGGACUGUGAAGCCAGGUUUCUCACUGCCGCUGAACUUCGUGCCCAUCUCCGUGUCCACAGCGGCGAGCAACCGUUUGCCUGCCGCUUCUGCGAGAAGAGGUAUGUCAGCUACAUGGGACGGGUGAAUCACGAGAGGAUUCACACCAACGAGCGACCCUAUGUCUGCGAAGAGUGUGGCAAGAAGUUCACCACUGCCUACGUCCUCAAGAACCACAUGGUCAUCCACACGGGCGAGAGGCAAUUCCGGUGCGACCCUUGCGAUCGCUUCUUCCAGAGAAAGUCGCACCUUGUCACGCACUUCCGGUCGAUGAUGCACCUCCAAAAAGUGAAAAGUCAGGAGACGAAAACCACUUGA